GCAAACAGCACACGAACCUCUGGACAGUUUGCUGUCUGGCAUCAGCGUCCUUACACACUGCUGAGAACAUGGCACAGCUGCCCGUGUACAAUCCGCCAUCGCCUUUUCUUGGACUGCUACCUACAGGACUGGGUCUGUAUCGUAAGAUAACCAUCCGGGGGCGAAUGACACACGACAUGUUCAACAUUAAUCUUCAGUGUGGUCCAAACGUAGACCCUCGUGAUGAUGCGGCGCUGCACAUAAGCAUACGACCCCGGGAAGGCCUGAUCGUGCGCAACACGUACCAGUUCCGAAGUUGGGGUGUUGAGGAACGCUUCGGAGGCUGCCCGGUACAGAAGCGGUCGUAUUUCGAUGUCAGCAUUACGGUGAAACCGGACAGCUAUGGUAUCGCCGUGAACGGGUGCCACUACUGUGACUUCAAUCAUCGCUUACCGUACGCUUCGGUGCGAUUCAUUCAUACGGGCGUUGGUGCACAAGUCGAUGCCAUCAUAACUGAGUAGAAGUAGGACUGCCCGACGUAAAGCACUGCCCGUUCACUUAAGUUGUUGCGAACGUUGUUCAGCGGAUAAGUUAUAUUUUUGCCCGUGUUUUCGUGUACGUAUGUGUGUUUGUUUCUUACAGAAUAAGAAGUUAAGUAAUUUGAAAAAUUAAACGUUUGUUUGCUUUAACGCCAUCAAACUUUGUUUCAACAAUUUGCGCUCGUUAUCACUCCAGCCAGUGGCACUGAUGUUAUCGUUCGAAUAAUCUCCAAAAAGAUAUUUGCGUUAUCAGAAGAAAAAACCGUACUGUCAAAAUUGCAAAUCAUUGUACAUCUAAAACUAAUCUACUUUUGGUGCCAGCCAAAUCGCAUACGGCCUGACCUGACGGAGACUGCAAACGCAACGGAAAAGUAAACGCUUUGGAAGU